CGACAGCCUUCUCUCCCGACAGCCAUGGUGAACGCCAGCGUCCUCGCUCUCAUCAAGAAGGAGUACCCCGACACCUUCACCAAGAUCAGCUCCAUCGUCGGCCGCGAGGUUCUCGACUCGCGCGGCAACCCCACUGUGGAGGUGGACCUGACCACCGCGGGUGGCAUCACCGUGCGUGCGAUGGUGCCCUCUGGCGCCUCCACCGGCAUCCACGAGGCGUGCGAGAUGCGCGACGGCGACAAGUCGCGGUACCUCGGCAAGGGCUGCACCAAGGCGGUCGGCCACAUCAACAAUGAGCUCCAGGCGAUCGUCGGCAUGUGCUGCCUCGACCAAAAGGCGAUCGACGACAAGAUGUGCGAGAUGGACACCGGCACCGUCGGCGACGGCUUCCGCAACAAGUCGAAGUUCGGCGCCAACGCAAUCCUCGGCAUCUCGAUGGCGGCCGCCAAGGCGGGCGCAGAGUGCGAGGGCAUCCCCCUGUACCAGUACUUUGCCAAGCUCGCGGGCAACGACAAGCUCGUGCUGCCGGUGCCGUGCUUCAACGUCAUCAACGGCGGCUCGCACGCCGGCAACAAGCUCGCCUUCCAGGAGUACUUCAUCAUCCCGGUCGGCGCCUCCUCCUUCAAGGAGGCGAUGCGGAUCGGCUGCGAGUGCUACCACGCGCUCAAGGGCAUCAUCAAGAAGAAGUUUGGCGGCGACGCGACCUCGGUCGGCGACGAGGGCGGCUUCGCGCCCCCCUGCGACGCCAAGGAGGGCUGCGAGCUCAUCAUGGAGGCGAUUGCAAAGGCGGGCUACACGGGCAAGUGCAAGAUCGGGCUCGACGUGGCGGCGGCGGAGUUUAUGGUGCCGGGCACGGGCGAGGGGACGGGCAAGGAGUCGAUGUACGACCUGGCGACGUGGUACCCGGACAACGACCCGAUGAAGGAGAAGCUCAAGAUGACUAUCCCCGAGCUCGCCGCCUUCUACAAGGACCUGAAGGCGACCUUCCCCGACAUCGAGACGAUCGAGGACCCGUUCGACCAGGACGACUGGAAGGGGUGGAGCACGAUGACGGCCGAGAUGACGGACUGCCAGAUCGUGGGCGACGACCUGACCGUGACCAACGUGCGCCGCAUCAAGACCGCCAUCGCGGAGAAGGCGUGCACCGCGCUGCUGCUCAAGGUGAACCAGAUCGGCACGAUCACCGAGUCGAUCAACGCCGUCAAGCUCUGCAAGUCCAAGGGCUGGGGCAUCAUGUGCUCGCACCGCUCGGGCGAGACGGAGGACACCACCAUCGCCGACCUCGCCGUCGGUCUCUGCACCGGCCAGAUCAAGACGGGCGCUCCGUGCCGCUCGGACCGCCUCGCAAAGUACAACCAGCUGAUGCGGAUCGAGGAGGAGAUUGGUGCGGGCGCGGUGUACGCGGGCGCAACCUGGAAGAAGCCGGCGUGGAUGGCGCCCGGCUUCACCCUCGAGAACUAGACGCGCAGUCUCCGCCGCCCCGCCGAGGCCAAGCUCGCGCGCCACGGCCAGCGCGGGCGGGGGAUUCUGAGUGCCGAGGCUGACUCCAAAAGAGCGCACUCUGUACUGACUACUGUGUGCCGAUUUGGCAUUUGCCGUCCGCAUGUGGAGUGUCCUCCUUUUAUUCUAUAUGUUUAUUGUGCCAUAUGCACAAAA